AUGUCAUGUGAAUGUCAUUCAUCAUAUAAUGGUGAAAUAGAACAAUUAAUAUGUAAUAAUUAUAAAAAUUCAAUGUUUACACAAAUUAAAUUAACAAAUGAAACUCUAGAAACUAGUCGUUCAUUUGAUACAUUUCAUUUAAUAUUUUAUGAUCAUGAAUUUAAUAUAAGUUCAAUGUUUGUUAAUGAAUUAUCUUAUUUAUUUCCUCGUACAUCAUUAUUAAAUCGAGGAGAGAAAAAAUUAUCAAUUAAAAUUAUUUUAUCAUUUCCUAAUUUUCUUCAAUUACAUUUUGAAGAUUAUUCAUUUUAUCAAUUAUUUAAAGAAAAUUCAAAUUAUAAAACAAUUCUUACAUUAGAAUUAACAUCUAAUGGACAAAUAACAUUUUCAUCUAUGGCAUUUAAUCAAUUAAUCGUUGAUCAAGUGUUUUUACAUACAUCAUCAUUAGAACCAUAUUCAUUUGAAGAAAUAUUUAAUAAUACAAAUAUAGGUGAAUUAACAAUUGAAGGUUCAACACCUCGAAGUAAUGAAACAUAUAGACAAAAUUUUAAUGGUAAAAUUCAAUUAGCUAAAUUUACAAAAAUGGUUGAAUCUGUUUCAAAUGAAGAAUUUCCUCCUUAUCCUGUACGUUCAAUGAUUAUUGAAGCACAUGAAGCAAGAAAAAUGAAUGCUUCAACAUUUAUGAAUUAUCGAAAUUUACAUGGUCUUCAUUUAAUUCGACCAAAAUUUUUCUUUGAUAAUCGUACAUUUGAUGGUUUUCAAUAUAUAAUUAGUCUUGAAAUAAUUGAACUUGAUGCUGAAACAAUCAAAGAUAAUACAUUUCAGCAUGCAUCACGUAUUCGAUAUUUUACACUUGGUCAAAAUACUCGUUAUUUAUCUGAAUAUUCAUUAGAUUAUUUAGAUUAUUUAGUACAUUUUGAUGCAUCAAAGAUAAUUCUCGAUCAAUUAUAUCCAACAUCAAGAUGUGUAUUAGCACGUUUUAUUGAAAAACAAAAAAAAUUAAAUCCAUCAAUUAUUAUUUCACCACCACAAGCUGAAUAUUGUGAUUGUGUUUAUGAUUUUAUUUUAACAAUAUUAAAUAAAAAAGCUGAUCAAUCAUAUUUAGAUUUAUGUUCAGAAAAUCAACAAGAACGUUGUGAAUUAAGUCAAUGUAAUGUUGUUAAAAAUUUUCGUUUACCAUUAAUAAACAAUAUAGUUAAUGAACAAAUUAUAUCAUCUAUUGAGGACGAUAUAAUUAAUUCAACAACAACAACAACAACAACAACACCAUUAUAUCCAAUUGAUAAUGGUAUCAUAACAACAGUUCAUCAACUGCCAGCUUAUGUUCAUCGACAUCCACCUGUCGAUCGUCAAUCACAAACAAAUAAUAAAUAUGAACGUAUUGAUUCAUCUGAUACAAAUAUAAAAGAUUCAUAUACAUCACCACUUAAAAUAAAUGAUCCGAUUGAUCCAAAUGCAAUAUCACCAGAUGAUGAUGAUGAAGACUAUAUCGAUUCAACAUCAUCCAUAGAUAAUUUUCAAACAACAAUUAAUCUAUAUGAUGAAAAACGUCGAAUAGAAAUGAAAAAUGAAACAUUCAAAUGGAUAUCAUUAUCAUUAGUAUGUAUUACUAUAUUAUGUCUUCUCUUUGUUGGUACAUUAAUAUGGUGUUUUACUUGUCGUCCAUUGAGACGAAAUUAUAAAGCAGGAUUUCAACCAGUUCAAUUAAAUGGUUCAAAUGUUUAG